UUUUUUACUCAACAACAUGGCGACCGACAAAGGAGCGACGACUAAAGAGAUGAAUUUGAGUUCAACGACUUUAUUUGUGCGGAAUUUACCUUUUGUGUAUGAUAACAAAGAAUUAGAGAAAGUUUUUAGCGAAGUGGGACCUGUGAAAAGAUGUUUUGUUGUGAAAGAUAAAGGUACACUCCCGAGGAAAUGGUCAAAUGGCUUAUUGCAUUUUUUAUCCGUACACCCCCUGUUGAGGACACACUGCAUAAAUUCUCCUACCCCCCGGAUUUCCAAGUAAUUUUUUGUCAGAAGCCCUGGAAAAAUGUGGUUUGUAGAAGGGGGUGCCUGGAAUUCCAAUUGUGUUUAAUCAAUGACCCUUGGAAAUUCAUUUUUUUUCCGCAUGACUCUGGAAUUCCACUGUCAGUAAGUUGAUCUCCCCUGGAAUUCCACUGUCAAUAAGUUGAUCUCCCCUGGAAUUUCCAGUUCCGGUAUCAUUAUUUUAUCCCCUUUCCCAGAAUUUCCAUGUAAAUCUUAUUAUUUUGACCCCCACCCACUGGAAUUCCAGGGUUAUUUCGACCCCCACCCACUGGAAUUCCAGGUUGGUUUGACCCCCACCCACUGGAAUUCCAGGGUUAAAUACAAGAGGCAUCCCCUGGAUUUCCAAGGUCCUCAACAGGGGGUGUACGGAUAAAAAAUGCAAUAUGCCAAUGGCGGAAUACAGAAAGGCAGAAAGCUAUUUUAUAUAAUAUUUUGCACUGAGUCUGAGUUUUAUUAAAUUAAGCAGCGGCUGCAAACGAGGUAGAAAUAGCUUCACGCUCAUGGGAAAAUACACAUGCAGGAUCAUUUAAAGUAUACAAUAUUACAAUCCCCAAUAAGACAGCGUCACAGCGCUUAUAUUAUAGAACUGCCUCUUUUUAUAUACAUUUCUUUUGUUUUUGUACUGGGAUUAGUGGGAUAGCUGAAAACCCUCCCUACCACCUUCGGAUGUCCUAAUAUACUUACUAUUAUAGAUCAGAAAAAACUUUUCUUUGUCUCUGAACCACAGAAAUUUCCUCCUUGAGGCCAGGGUGUAUAAUUUUUUUCUGGAACAACCCAAUUAGCCUUUUUCACACUACCAUUUUUGGGUGGGUUAGCACUAUUUCCCAUCCAGCAAACCACCCUAUCGAUUUUCUAAAGUCGGUUUUUUUAAAUUUUUUUUAUUAAUUUGGUUAGGGUUAUAGGGUUAGGGGUUAGAGAAGGGGUAGGGUUUGGUUUAGUUACAUAGCCAUUUAACACCUCUUCUAUCUUCCAAAAAUGACGUCAGGUCAGUUUGCUGGAUGGAAAAUAGUGCUAACCUUUUGGGUGGCUUUUCAGCCAAAGUCUGCAAGAUAAAUCCACAUAUCAGCGACUUUUGAUAAUUUUUUUGGACAAUUGAUGGUAAUUAUUCAUUGAGCGUUCUCUGACUUCAUAUUUAUUUCUACGAGCUUUUGGCUAUCAGUCUAUAGCCUUUGAUGGGUGUAUUUGUAUACACCCGUCGAAGGCUAUAGACUGAUAGCCGAAAGCUCGUAGAAAUAAAUAUUAAGUCAGAGAACGCUCAAUAAAUAAUGUUUCAACCUGGCUACGCAUCUUCUAUUUUUUCAAUUGAUGGUAAAUGUGCUUUGUAAAUGGUUAGUUUAUUUUGAAUGGUAAAUUUGCUUUGUAAAUUGGUUAGUUUAUUUUGAAAAAUUGCUUUUCACAUUGUUUAACUAUUUGCAUUGGUUAACGAGAAUUAGAUGCCACCCAAAAAUGGUGGAUAUUUGUUAUUGUGAGAGAGGCUAAUUUGUCCUUCCACUCUCAAAGAACAGGCAAACAGAUUAAGAUUUAGAUAAUCUCAUUCUGAUCAGAACUAUUCAGUUGUUAUGUCUCCAAUCUUUUUCACAGCUAACCCUAUCAAAUGUAGAGGAUUUGGUUACGUCACAUUUGCCCUGAACGAGGAUGCAAUCCAGGCGCAACAAAAGAUACGUCAAAUCAAUGGCAGAAAGUUAUUCAUUACAUUCUCCAAUAAAAAACCAAGACACAUUCAGAGAGGUCAUCCUGAAAAGAAGAAUGAUGAAGCUAAAGGCAGUAUGAUAGUUUGGUUUAUUCAACUACUGUUAUUGACAGCCUUGUUAUCGACAGCUUUCGCACAAAAUUUUCACAGCUGUCACUGAGGUGUUAUAAUAUGUAAUAUUGUCAACAGAAAUUAUGAGUCCAAACUUGAGAAUAAUUUACCCCUACCAAACACUAGAUCACGCUAAUCUAUAUCUGAACAGCACUGCAUUGAAAUCACAUGACUACAGAUUCUAUUUCUGCCAAUGGUUGGCCAAUGCAAUAUAUCGAUAUUUUUGAAAUAGAUAUCAAUGAAAAUAGCAAAGAUACACAACAGUUACUGAUAUCUCAUUAUAUAUGUAAUUAUUAACUGUGAUGUAAUUGAGUAAAUGAUGUCACAUGGUUACAAAAAAAAAUAUCUCAAGAACUAUAAGCAUGGGAACAAAAAUCUUCAGAAGAAGUUACUUCACAGAUUACAGUUUUAAGAGUAUUUAAGAAAAUAAAAAUUUUAAUGACAGUGCCACUUCAACAUUUUUUUCUCCACAGGUGAUAACGAAGACAACAAAAACAUCGAAAAUACCCCAAUGGAAACAUCCUCUUCCACUACGUUCCAACAGGCUGACAAACCAAAACACAAACCCAAAUCAAAACGAAGUUCUGCAAUGAGUGAUGAUGGCCGAACAGUAGUUCUAACCGGCUUUUCUUCAACGUUUAAAAUAAAACAACUUAAAAAAGCCUGUAAAAAGAAUGGGGAAAUCGAACAGUUCAUUUUCCCCGUCGAAAUGGACUCACAACCGACUGCACAUGCCAUUUAUAAAUUGCACAAAGACGCCAGAAAGGCAGCGAAUAAUCUGAACGGGAAAACAGUAAAAGGCGAAGUGUUAAAUGCAGUUUUGCGGUCGAAAAAGGACAAAAAUUUGUCGCAGAAAUCGCUUAAGAAGAGUCGAUUAAUUGUUAGGAACCUGCCUUUCAACUGUAGCAAGGAGUUGCUAGCCAACAAAUUCUCAAAAUUUGGUGAAAUUUCAGAAAUUGUGCUACCCACAAAAACAGUUGGGAAAAACAAGAAAAAACUUGGAUUCGCUUUCGUGCAGUUUCAGAACGUAUUUGAUGCGGCAAAAGCGUUGGAGAGCAUGAAUCAGAAAGAAAUCAAAGGUCGACCUAUAGCAGUGGAUUGGACAUUACCCAAAAAGAAAUACGAGUUGCUGAAAGUUAGCGAAGAGGUGCCCAAAGGUAAAAUCGCGAGAUUUAGUCCGGCUUUUGACAAGGCAGCAUUUCAAACCUUGACCCUUGUAUCUCUCUGCCCUGCCUUGCAAGGCCGGAUUUUGGUGGAAAUAGUGGGGGAGGUGGUGCAGCGGUCUAGCUUACGAGCCCCAUGGGAAGUUAGAGCUUAGAACGGGCUAAAGUCAACGAAGUGAUGUUUGCAUGUAGUGUACAUAUGGAUCAGUGUAUUAGUGAAUUAUGACUGUGCAACUCAUCCAAUUUUGUCCUUCAUUACAAUUACUACAAAGUUUCUUUCAAAACAUUGCAUUACAUGUACUUGACACAGAGAUGAAUGUAUAACACUGUUUCAAUUUUACAGAAAACCCUAAGCAACCAAAAAGUCAAAUUUUCAAUUUGAUCUAUUAUUGAAACUUUCCCAAGGGGAGAUGCAUGACUUUUCAGGGGAGGUGCAAAAAUUAUCGGGGGAAGUGCGCACCUGCACACACCUCCCCUCAAAUUCCGGCCAUGCUGCCUUGGAGUAUUGGUGACAAUGUUCAUGUAGUUUUUACCUCUUGAUAAUUGAUUAGAGUUUGAUUUCUGCAAUAUGCCAUGCGAGCGCUUCCAGUUUGACUCUACCAAACCGACCUCAGGUUUUCUCCUGUUUUUUUACUCGAACAACAAUUUAGAACUGAUAUAAAUAAAGUUAGCUGAAGUUAGGUUUCCUCCUACAGUAACACUGAUAGUGAACAACUCUGACUGAUAUAAAGUUUAUUCGUUCACUGCAACCAGGUAUAUCAAUCAUGUUUCGCUCGCUACUCUGACUGAACUUCUAGGAAGAACGUCUUAAAAUUGAUGGAGCUGUCCAGUCUAAACAAUAUAAAGUUUUCUGUUAUAAAGAUAGUUUACAUUCAUUUAAUCUCUGUACUAGAUGACGAAAACAAGCAGGAUGAUGACAUAUCAGAAAAAUCUGAAGAAGAACCCAGUGACCAAGAUGGUUCUGUGGAUGGUAAUGCUAAUGAUGGCGAUGAUGGUGAUGAUGGUGAUAAUGGUGAAGAUUUUGAUGAUGGUGAUGAUGAUGAUGGUGGUAGUGAAGGUGAUGGUGGUGAUGAUGAUGGUGGUAGCGAUGACGAAAGUCCGAAGAAGAAGAAACGAAAGCUUCGCGAUGCACGGGAAGGCAAAACUAUCUUCAUUCGAAAUCUGCCGUUCGAUGCGAGCGAGGAAGAAAUUUGUGGCAUGUUUGAAAAGUUUGGUGAGAUAGCUUACUGUAAGAUUGUCGUAGACAGUGUUACUGAGCACAGCAGAGGAAGUGCGUUUGUGAAGUUUCAGGAGAAACAGAGUGCUGACGAUUGUCUGAAGAAACAUGGUGAUGAGAAUGAUGGCAGUGAGGGUAAGAAUAAAACAUGUCUGUAGUGAACUUUUCUGUGUUGGUGUUAUCAGGGACGCCAGAACUGGGGGCAGGAGGGGCAGCCGCCCCCAUUGCCCUUUACCAGGAGGGGCAGGGGGGGGGCAAAAGUGUCCUUUCAAUUUAAAGGAUUGCCUCGGCGAAAUAGCGAAUUGUCAGAAAUGUUAGUGCAAUUCUUUUACGAAUUUGCUUCAGAAAACGCAAGAAAUGCAGUCAUCGAGCUUCAAGAAUAGCACAAUCGCCUGGCGGAGAACCUCCUCACACCCCUAUCAUCCAAUAAAUAGAAAACAUAAUUAGGCGAAGUUCAACUCUCGAUGUUUUGCAAACAUCUCUUAGUAUAUAUCAAUUCAAAAGUGCCCUUUCACGAAAAUCUGCCCCCCUUGCCUUCACAUCGUUCCGGCGUCCCUGGGUGUUAUGUUCUCAGGUGAAUAUGAUGUUUGUGAUGUUACUCUGAGUGUAUAUCCACAGUGGGCAAAAAUAUGCCUGGCCACGGUGGGAAUCGAACCUACGACCUUUGGAAUACUAGCCUAAUGCUCUGCCAACUGAGCUACGCGGUCAGGUCGGUUCGAGCUCUAUAAACUGUGGUUCGAGUGUGUGAUAUUUCGGAACUGAGUCUAGACCCUUCGAUGUCAAUGUAAUCUAGUAAUAUGAUUUUUUCUGUGUUGGUGUUGUGUACUCAGGUGAAUAUGAUGUUUGUGAUGUUACUCUGAGUGUAUAUCCACACUGGGCAGGCUUGAAAAAUAUGCCUGGCCACGGUGGGAAUCGAACCUACGACCUUUGGAAUACUAGCCCAAUGCUCGUGGCCAGGCAUAUUUUUCAAGCUUGCCAAGUGUGGAUAUACACUCAGAGUAACAUCACAAACAUCAUGUCUGUAGUGUAUAUUCGCUCUGCUAGCAGCCGGAGCAUGCAGGUUUGGGACCACAUAGCUUGCGAUUUGCGACCGACAAUAUCGUAUUUUACAACAUUUCGCAACCAAACUUUGCAGUUUUACUAAUUUUAGGACACUCUUUUGAGCUAUAAUGAUAGAUUUCGUCUUUCUUGUUUAGAUAAAAAAUUAGUCGAUAGCUUGAAUCAUUCAUUUUGCCAAUAGGAAAGAUAACUUGGGCCUUAACGACUUGAUAUUUGAUCAAUAAAAUUUGGCCCAGGGAUUUGAAAGACAUUGUUCUAGCCAAAGUUUUGAUCUUAUUUAUCAAACUCUUUGUAGAACUGAUUAUGCGUAAACGUCCACUCAGUGU